AUGAUUCAAGUCUCAGGAAGAAGAUUACUAAGAAUUUUAGUUGCCUUUGCUUAUACCAUUAUUCUAGUUUUAGACACAGUAAAUUGAGAUGAUCCAAUACACUUGAUUAUAUGGUAAUAAUUGUUAAUGUGAUAUGGAUUUUUUUUUUAGGGAUGUAUUAACGGCAAUUUUUUUCAAUAUUGCAACAUUGAUUCAGUUUGGCUAGGGCAAGGACAGUUUGGUUCGAUUCGUACCGACCAGUUUUAUAAUUCGGGUUCAGUACUGUUGCAAAAGCUAGGAGACUAAAAAAAAAAAAUACCACGGAAGAAAUACUAAUGUAGAACUAUAUCCUACACUUAUUAGUCGACCAGGUCUGAAGUUGAAGUAAACUUAGAGAAACUUAGAGAACGGAACAAAAGGAGUUUUAUCAUAUGUCGCCAGAAAACAAAGAGUAUACUAUUGGUUCUGUCAAAACUCUAAAAUAGAUACAAGAAUCGACUGUAGCACUGUCUGACAACCAUCAAUGUACCGAAGCAAUGGAUUGUUUGGUUCCAAUGAAAUCAUUUCCAUUAUUUGACAAUGCUGCCUACUUCCGUUUUGAUGAGCUGCAAAAGGUUUGCAUGUUGAAAACAUCCACUGAAAGCUGUACUGACAGAUCCCUUAAGAAGCCUUGCAACGAUGCUAAGUCAAUGAAUGAAAUAAAAGAACUGUUGGCAGACAUGAAUGUUGUUUGUUCCGACGACUUCAAGAAUGUCAUUCGCAGUGGCUCCAGCAAUGCCUGUUACUACGACCAGUCGUUGAUAAACAGAACAGUUUCUGAUUACAAAUCGUGCAGGACAACUUUAACCACUGGUCUCAACAAGCCUGGAGUUGACAUCUGUAGUAUAUACAAUGAUUACUCUAGUUGCACAGCCUCUGUCAUAUAUAACAGCUGUGGUGCAAAGCUAGGCACCUUGGAAAAGUCCAGAGUAGAAACGAAAAUGUCCACUUUUGUGCAAGGGAUUCCUGGUUGUGUUCUGAAUGCCAAAAUACAAGAAUAUAAGUUUCCAGGACUAAUGGAAAAGGACAACAGGCGCUGCCAUGAGAUGUUGGGCUGUGUUGAUAUCGUCAAGCGGUUUCCACUUUUCAAUAGUGCCGCUUAUGUCCGAACUGGAGACAUUGACACGAUUUGUGCUGUUAAAAAGGAUAUCGCUCAGUGUGUCUUUGAAACUUUUGUCUACCCCUGUAAUAAUAACCAACUUCUCCUGGAAGCAGCAUCCUACAUGGGAGACCUGUACAAGCUUUGUUCACCAGACUUUAAACAAGUUCUUCAGAAACAUUCUAGAAAUCCGUGCUACUUCGAUCAUAUAUUGAUCAGCAAAACUGUGUCUGAAUACGACAUCUGCAAGACUAAUUAUGACAUUGCUUUGAAUAAGCCUGCCCAGAAAAUUUGCAAUGUUACGAACGAUUAUGCUAGCUGCAGCGCAACUGUCAUAUACAUCAACUGUGGCUCCGAGUUGGGGAGUUUGGAGAAGUCAAGAAUGCAGGAAAAAUUACAACAUUUGGUGUCUUUAACCCCGGAUUGUAUCAUAAAUGCUACAAUUAUGAGCACUCUGCCCAAAGCUGCAACGCAAACUGAAUCUCCAAGAAAAGAAGACUCUUCCAACGGAAGUAUGUUUGGUUGCACCUGUAGGGGCACAUCAUGCCGAUGCUGUUGCAGCUUUCUCGUUCCUUACUUAAACAAUAUGUAUCCAGCUUGCAUUGAUAUUAACUUUCUUUACAAAGAGCUUGCCUUGGAGAUUACAAUUAGUGUGAAUGGUGAAAAUCUGUACAAUAAGAGAUUUGAUGCUGAUUCCAUUCUUGCUGACUUUCUCUGUGUGAACAUACCAUACACGAAAUCCCUUGCAGAAUUAUGCCUAAAAUUCAGAAACUUAAAUUACAGCCUUACUGAGGUUGAUGGAUGUAUUGACGCUGAAGUAAACGCACUAUUUUACACUGUAACAAGUUUUAAGAUCGGUUGUUUCAAUCUGAAGCCAAAUAUUGGUUAAUGAUAGCUUAGUGAGCAAAGCUAUUUUAUUGAAUUAGUGCUUCGUGGGGAAAAACAUCUGACAUUUACAAAUUUUUACAAGAAAAUUACUCUUUUUUUUCUACACUUUUUUUUUAACCAAGCAAUUUUGUAAUAAUAAUAAUUAAUUCUAUUAAAGAGA